CCUUUAUCCAAUUUUUAUGGACUAUCGAUUUCCUGUAUUGUUCGCCACUAUAUACGUUGUUUCUGUCUCUCUUUUAAAUCCAAAUUCAAAUAAUGUUUCUCGUAUAGUAGCGAUGCAAAAAGGUUUAAAACCAUCAACAGCUAAAAAAAGUGGUGGUCCAAUGACUACCUUUGUGUUUUUACAUAAUUUAGCACUGUUUGUAUUUUCCUUGGCUACUUUCGUAAGCGUAUUUCCUGCUUUGUUGAAAAAUUAUAGUACUCAUAAUUUAACUGACGCGUAUUGUGAUCGUGAUGGAAGCUUCUGGAAUGAUGCUCUCGGUUAUUGGGGUUACCUCUUUUAUCUUUCAAAAUUUUAUGAAGUAAUCGAUACAAUAAUAAUUCUUUUAAAAUCUCGCCGUUCCUCAUUGCUUCAAACCUAUCACCAUGCCGGUGCUAUGAUAACAAUGUGGUCCGGUAUAAACUUCAAAGCUGCUCCAAUUUGGAUCUUUGUAGUUUUCAAUUCUUUUAUCCACUCAAUAAUGUACGCCUAUUACGCACUAACUUCUGUCGGUGUAAAUCCACCGG